UUUGUGCACUUAUUUAUAAUUUAUUUGUGUUAUAUGUAACAUUUUAUAUGUUUUUUAUAGUUUUCCAUCUUUGUUUUUGAAACUGACUUGAUUUAACCUUCAUGCAGAAUCACGUGUUUGAUAUUGGUAACUUAUUGUCGCAUUCAUUUUUGGCGUGAAUGUUUGCUCAGUUUAUGUUUUGAUUACAUAGUCUUGACCCCAAGUUAAAUUUAUAUUUUUGUAUUUAGUUAUUUAUUUAAAUAUGUGGAAGGUAGUAAAUUGGUUGAUGUAUGUGCCCACUUGUUAUUUGUAAACUAAUAUUUUUUGCCGUAAUUGAGACAGUCAUGAUUUCUGGAAACUCCUGUCUUUAAAUUUUAUCUAUUCGUACACAUGCGAACUUUAUUCUCCUAAUAAUUACACGUUGUUGUCCACCUACAGAAUUAAUUUAUACGAACGUUUCGCCGUAAAGCUAACCAUCAUCAUCAAUGCUGCACUAUAGCCGACCUAAUUCCGUUUCAAUUUGCCGAAAUUACCGUUUCAAAUGGUAAUCGGUUAUAUUGACUUAACUAAAUUUGAUAAGAUAACUUGGAUGGUGUUUAUGUAUGACCGUAUUGGUUCAGAUAGCGAGCCAGGUUAUUAUUUCGACAUGGACCAAAACGGUGAUACUCUCGACUCCUUCAGUUUGACAAGUUUCACAAGGUGCGAUUCGUUCCAAAACGCGCCAUCGGGCAGUGCAGACCACCCACUCGCGGAUUAUUACAAUAUGAAUCACUACAGAAGAGGUCACGCGAUCAUCUUCAGCCAUAUCCAAUUCGACGGGGAUCUUGCGAAGAGAGAGGGUGCAAGUAAAGAUGCGAAAGACCUCGAGGAGGUGCUUGUCGCGUUGAAGUUUAACGUUAAGGUCUACACCGAUCUGAAAUACGGAGCAAUUUAUGAAGUUAUCACGACAUUAUCACAGAGUGACCACUCGGACGUGGACUGCCUCCUUGUCGCAGUCUUGUCGCACGGUGACCGCGGCAAAGUUUACGCGCGCGAUCACCAGUAUCCCCCCGAUUUUCUCUGGAAGUCGUUCUCCGGAGACAAAUGUCCAAGUCUGGCGGGAAAACCCAAACUGUUCUUUGUGCAGGCAUGUCGUGGUGAUGAAACGGACGAUGGUAGCAGGGUACGCAUGGCGACGCAGGUUGACUCCCAGGCCAGUUACACUAUACCAGUAAUGGCCGACAUACUCGUAAUGUACUCGUGCUACGACGGGUACGUUUCCUGGAGAAGCACACGCACCGGCUCAUGGUUCAUUCAAUCUCUGUGCGAAGAACUGAAAACGAGGUCCAAAAGUACUGAUUUAUUAACAAUUUUGACCUUUUUAAAUAGAAGAAUGGCGAUCACCUAUAAAAGUGUCGCCCCAAGUAAAAAAGAGAUGCAUGGAAAGAAGCAAAUUGGUACAAUUGUUAGCACGUUGACGCGCUUACUUUAUUUUUAUCCUGUCGAAUAAAUUGGGGUUCAAAGACUCUU